GACUGCACCUGAAGGCGCCACAACACAACCACUGUCUCCGCAAUCCACAGCACACACAGCCGCUACUUGCAAGGAGGAAUGGAAGAAUCCCCCAGUGCUCCAAGCUUCAUCCUCAGCGCAGCGAAGCCGCGGGAGAAGCCAGGGCCGACAUGACAGCGCCGGGGCGGGAGAAGAAAGCCCGCCAGCAGCGGCGGUUGACCGUCCGACCCGAGGCAGUGUGGGCUGCGGGGCGCUACGCAGUGCUGGCCGCUCUGUGCGUCCUGUGCUACGGCAACUCUCUCCACGGGGAGUUGGUACACGACGAUGUGUGGGCUAUCAUUAACAAUCCGGACGUCCGACCGGACUCCAGCCUCAGAAACCUCUUCAGCAACGACUUCUGGGGCAAGAGGAUGGCGGACAACACGAGCCACAAGUCCUACAGACCGCUAUGCAUCCUUACCUUCAAGUUGAACAUCCUACUGGGCGGCAUGACACCUCUCUAUUUCCACCUCAUCAAUGUGUGUUUGCACUGCGCCGUAACCUGCCUGCUCAUGCACACGUGUGAGCGCUGCGUGUUUGAAGACUGGCGCCUGGCCUUUGUCACAGCACUGCUCUUCGCCGUGCACCCCGUCCACACCGAGGCUGUGUCUGGUAUUGUGGGCAGGGCUGAUGUUUUGGCCUGUCUGCUGUUCUUGCUGACGUUCCUCUUCUACAUCAGGAGUGUGGGUGUGUGUGUCUCUGAGGACUCUCUGCCCUCCACGGUGUCGGCAGUGUGUCUGCUCGUUAGUUUGUUGCUGGGCACCUGCGCCAUGCUGGUCAAGGAGACGGGCAUCACCGUGUUCGGAGUGUGCAUUCUCUAUGACGCCCUGGUGCUGUGCCGCAAGCCUCUCAUCCAUCACCUGUCUAGCUCCAGAUUCAGGGACCUCCAACACAUCUGCAGCCCCUUCAUCAAGAGAGCCUGCCUCGUCUCUGCCUAUGUGGUAGUCAUCAUGUCGGUCCGGCUGUGGCUGAUGGGAGGAUCAAUGCCUCUCUUCUCUGAACAGGACAACCCCGCCUCCUUCUCACCACACCUGCUUACCAGGAUUUUGACCUACUCCUACCUGCUGUCUUUCAACGCUUGGCUGCUGCUGGCCCCCAUCGUGCUGUGUUACGAUUGGCAGGUGGGCAGCAUUCCCCUUGUGGAGUCGCUGGGUGAUCCGCGCCACCUGGCCACCGCGCUGCUGGCCGUGGUGAUGCUGCUUCUCUGCCUGCACUGCGUCUUCUCACUGCAGAGCCAGAGGAGCAGGGAGGUAUUGGUGGGAAUGUUGUUUCUGGUGUUUCCCUUCAUUCCAGCCAGUAACCUCUUCUUCAGGGUGGGGUUUGUCGUGGCUGAGAGGGUUCUCUACAUGCCAAGUAUGGGUUACUGUAUCCUGGUGGCUCAUGGCCUGGGUCGGCUGUAUUCGGUGGUGGGCCGUUGGGGCACAACAGUCCUCAGUGUCUCCAUGCUGCUGCUGCUCCUGCUCUUCUCCUGGAAGACGGUCCAGCAGAACCGCGUUUGGCUCUCCAGGGAGGCCCUCUUUCGCUCUGGUAUCCAGACUCUUCCACACAAUGCCAAAGUCCACUACAACUACGCCAAUUUCCUGAAAGACGGCGGCCGGCACCAGGAGGCCAUUCACCACUACACCACCGCCCUCAGGUUAUACCCCCGCCAUGCCAGUGCCAUGAACAAUCUCGGCACAUUGACUCGCAACCCAGAGGAGGCUGAGCGCUACUACAGGAAGGCCCUGGACACCAACCCUCAGCAUAACAGAGCUCUGUUUAAUCUGGGAAACCUCCUUAAAUCCCAGGGGAAGGAGAAAGAGGCUGAGACUCUGCUGAAGGACUCCAUACACUUCGGCCCACAUUUUGCUGAUGCCUACUCCAGUCUGGCAUCCUUCUAUGCUGAGCAGAAACGCUUUGCUGAAGCCAAUGAAGUGUAUCUGAAAGGUAUAGAGAACUGUCCGGACAGCUCCGACCUGCAUAAUAACUAUGGAGUGUUUCUGGUGGAUACGGGAGAGGGGGAGCUGGCAGCUGCUCACUACCAGCAGGCUGUUAGACUCAAACCAGCACACUACGUUGCCAUGGUGAACCUGGGCCGCCUGCUCAGAUCAUCCAAUGAGAACACUAAAGCUGAGUCUUGGUACAAAAGGGCGCUGAAGGUGACAAGGAAGGUGGACAUCCUGACUCCACUUGGAGCUCUGUACUACAACACGGGCCGCUACGAGGAGGCUCUGCAGGUGUACAAAGAGGCUGCUGCCCUGCAGCCAGACAGCACCGACAUCUGGCUGGCUCUGGCUCAGGUGUUAGCCAUGGCCGGUCGUACCAAAGAGGCAGAGAAGAUGACCCUGGACAUCAUAUCCAGAGAAGGCAGCUGCAUCGAAUGUUACCGCCUCCUGUCUGCCAUCUACAGCAAGCAUGGCAACUACACAGAGGCGCUGGAUGCUCUGGACCGGGCCCUGCAGCAGAGUCCCCGUGAUCUGACAGUGAGAGCAGAGCUUUACUUCUCCAAAGGAAACCAGCUCAGAGAGAUGAACCAGCUGGACCGAGCCUUCGAGAGCUACAAGCUGGCUGUCGAACUAAAACCUGACCAGUCUCAGGCCUGGAUGAACAUGGGAGGGAUCCAGCACAUUAAGGGAGACUAUGCAGCAGCCAGGAUGUACUACCAGCGAGCCUUGCUUCUGAGCCCCAGCUCCAAGCUUCUGAAGGAGAAUCUGGCCAAGCUGGACCGGCUGGAGAGGAGGCUGACAGGGGGAGCAUAGACCACCAUGGUUCCCCAGACACUGUACCAUCCUGGGCGCAGAUCAGGGGAGGAGGGCACAACCCUAUCUCUCUGGAGUCUAAACACCAGCCACCAGGCUGCUGGAUAAAACCAACUUGACCUUGUUGCCUGGACCAACGGCGUAAGUAAAAGCAGAGGAGGAAGAUGAACUUGUCCGUUCUGCAACAUGUUCGCAGGUGGACUAAGUGUGCUGGAGUCAAAGAGACAAAUUGAGCCACAGUCCAGAAACCUUUCCUGGGGUAAGGAGAAGAGAACGGCUGGUUGAAAACCAUUGGGAGCUCCAUGUGUUACCCUAUCUGCAUCGGCUUUGCAUUCACAUCUGCUUUUUGUUUGAUUUCUUUUUUAGGUUCAUGUGAAGACAUUAUCUAUAUGGCACUUAAUCAUAGAUUGUAAUUCAGUCCUCUGUGAGAACUUUUCAUGUAUUUCCAUUAGUGCAGUGAAAGUGUUUGGAAACAUGUUAUUAUUAUGAAGGGAAUGAGCAUGGAAACAGUGUGUGUAAUAAAGUCAUCUCAGCUUAAAGGUACACUUUGUAGCUUUCCAAACUUUCAACCGCAUCUCAAACAUUUCUGCAGCAAGUGGACUUUGCUUAGGUGUAGUAAGGUGACACCCGGUCACACACACAGAAACAUUGGUCACAUGACAAAGUGGUCAGUGUCAUCAACCAAGAGUCAGUGGACGGCUCCAUUCAAUGAAGAGAUACGAUUGAAAGUUCUGAAAAGCUAGUAAGUGGAUCAUUGAAUUUAAAUGAUUGUGUUACAAAAGAAGGGAAUAUCUUGACACAAAACGUCAUUCUCUUGUGAAGCAUAUCAGCAUAUAAAGUCUUACAAAUGCAAACAAGAUCUCAGAUUGUUUGAGAAAUGUAUUAAGAUUUAUAACGUGUUCUUUCUCUUCAGAUAUAAACUAUAAGAUGUUCAUCUGACUUCUAUUUCCAGAACUGGCUACAGUGUGAAGGCCUUUUCACACGGGGAGCGAUUGUUGCGCCUCCUAAUUCAUUUCAAAUGAGAUGUGAGCGAGCAGGGGCGCGCAAUCCCUUGCAACUGCGUUUGUGCUCGUUACACGCACACCCGCCGCAAGAGAUAAACUGUGUUGAACUUUUCCCUAACGUUAGCUACCCACAUUAACAGUGCGUGGUUAGGAAAGACUAGGAUUGCCACUAUUAGUUAUAAAUCAACUUGUGAUUAGGGAUAUACAACUAAUCUCAUUCAGCUGUACGACAGGGAUAUACACGUGCACAGAAUCUGUGUGGUCAAACAUUGAUCGAUGAGGGCGUUAACUCGCUAAAC